CUGCUUCAUCUUUUAUUUGUUUGAUUUUUUUCUUCAAAAUUGUUGUCGUUUGAAGAAUCCACAACAUCACAGACUGGAGAUAUUUAGAUGCAGAACUUCGUUAUAAUCUUCUGUCUCCUGGCGGCUGGAUUACCAGCUGCACAGGGACAGAAUUUCGCAUGUAACUUUGAUCAAAACAAUUUCUGCCAAUGGACCAAUGUCAGAGGAUCUGACCAAAUGGACUGGACCUUACAAAAGGGGGCAACAGGAACAGGUGGAACUGGGCCCCCAGGUGACCACACAUCAGGAAAAGGGUACUACAUAUACUUGGAGACAAGCUCAGGACGCCAAGGAUCAAAGGCUCAACUACAGAGUCCCAACCUGAGCCUCAACAGGGGGCAGACUAAGUGCCUGAGCCUCUGGUAUCACAUGUAUGGACCAAAUGUUGGGUACUUGAAUGUUUACUUGAAGCGGAAUGGCAAUCUGAGGAACCCAAUCUGGAGAAGAAAUGGCAAUAGGGGGCCCCAGUGGCAGAAUGCACGUAUCAACAUUAGAGGCAACAAUAAUGUUAGAAAUGGCCAGCUUGUUAUUGAGGCAACAAAAGGAAAUGGUGGAAAGGGUGACAUUAGUGUUGAUGAUAUUCAGGUCACUAAUGGUCCCUGUGGACAACAAGGUCAAACAACGGCUACCCCAGGAGGAACCCCCAGUCCUUCUUCUGUCACUUGUAAUUUUGAAUCAUCCAACCUAUGUGAGUGGAAGAAUGACAGAACUGACAACUUUGACUGGGUCUGGAAAAGUGGGUCAACUGCCACUGCCAACACUGGUCCUACCAAUGACCACACCACUAACACCGCAUCAGGACACUACGUCUACAUUGAGGCAAAUGGACAUCGACAAGGCACAAAAGCUCGUUUGAUUGCACCAUCAUACAGUGGAAGGUACUCCACAUGCUUCCAGUUCUAUUACAACAUGCAUGGUCAGAACAUUGGUACCCUGAGUGUGUAUAAGAAAACCUCUGGAGGACUGGGGAGUCCUAUUUGGAGUCUGACUGGUGAUCAGGGGACAGGGUGGCAGUUUGGACAAGUCUCCAUACCUAGAGGAACCGCAUACAGUGUUGUGUUUGAGGCGAGUAAAGGAUCAGGAAAUCAAGGAGACAUAGCUGUUGAUGACCCAAAGAUGUUCACUGGAUCUUGUCCCAAAAGAGGUGCUUGUAACUUUGAGAAGGAUUUUUGCGGGUGGAGUAACAGUGUUACAGACCAGUUUGAUUGGAUAAGACACAAGGGGAGAACAAGUUCCACAGGAACAGGGCCUACGUACGACCACACCUUGGGGAGCCGAGGGACUGGAUAUUACAUUUACAUUGAGGCCAGUACUCCAAGGGCUCCUGGAGAUGCAGCACAGAUUAUCAGCGAAGUGUUCCCACCAUCACAGCGGACGUACUGCAUACAGUUCUGGUACAACAUGAAUGGGAACGCCAUUGGUACCCUUACAGUGUAUGCAGUUGCUAAUGGUGUCCAAACUCCAUUAUGGCAGUUAUCUGGUCAGCAGUCUGGACAGUGGAACUUUGGGAGAGUCUCUGUCAUGAGUCCCAAGUCUAAUUUUAAGUUCAUUAUUGAAGGACUGCGUGGAUCAGGAAUACAGGGAGACAUAGCUAUAGAUGAUAUAAGUGUCACUCAGUCCAGAUGUGCAAGACAGCCGUCAACUGCUCGACCUGUCUCCCAAACUACCACAGCAACACCAAUGACCACAACAAUAAGGACAACUCCUGGUCGAACCACAGCUGCAGCCAAUCCAUCAUCUGUAUCCUGUACAUUUGAGGGAGGUUUCUGUGGAUGGAUGCAGGUGAGGUCACCAACAGAUGAUUUUGAUUGGACCAGAAUGAAAGGUGCAACAAGCUCUUCUUCAACAGGGCCAAGAGGAGAUCAUACAUCAGGAAAGGGAUUCUACAUUUACACUGAGGCUUCUAACAGACAUGUGAAUGAAUCGGCUCAGCUGAAAUCCCCUACAAUAAUGCCUUCCUCCAGUGGAAACACUCGCUGCUUGUCCUUCUGGUAUAGUAUGUAUGGGUCCAACAUUGGAUCCUUAAAUCUUUACACACAGACUCAGUCAAUACUAGGAACUCCUAUCUGGACACGCAAAGGAAAUAAGGGUAACCGAUGGAGACGAGCUCGUGUAACAGUUAAUGUGGCAGUACAGUAUAAUUUUGUAUUUGAAGGAAGAUUGGGAAAUGGAAUUAGAGGGGAUGUAGCUCUUGAUGACAUAUCUCUUACAAAUGGUGCAUGUUCAGGACAAACCCAGGCCCCAGGAGUGUCCACCACACCCCCCACUACAGGGGCUGUAAGAACCUGCGGAUUUGAAUCCAGUAGUAUUUGUGGAUACACCCAGGACAGAACUGACAAAUUUGACUGGAACUGGAAAUCAGGAAGUACAUCAACCACGGGGACUGGACCAGCAAAUGACCACACCUAUGGUACCUCAAGAGGUCACUAUGUAUACAUCGAGACUUCAUCCCCUCGUCGUCCAAAUGACAUCGCCCGCCUCCUGUCUCCCCGCUAUACAGACCGAACAGAUAUGUGUGUUCAAUUCUACUACCAUAUGCUUGGUAAUGGAGUUGGAACACUCAAUGUCUAUGCAAAGGUCGGAUCAAAUUUGGGUAGUCCACUAUUUACCCUUCAGGGAAAUCAAGGAAAUAGCUGGACCAAGGGACAGAUGAGUGUACCUCAGGGCACCGCUUCCCAGGGAUACAAGGUUGUGUUUGAAGGCAUAAGGGGAACUAACUACAGAGGAGAUAUAGCCAUUGAUGAUGUGUCAUUUACAAAAGGAACUUGUACUACAGGAACCUGUGAUUUUGAAACUGAUCUAUGCAGCUGGAAUAACCCAGCAAGUGGCGAUGAUUUUGAUUGGAUCAGAAAUCAGGGAGGUACCAGAACCUCAAGUACAGGACCUGUGGCUGACCACACCCUGGGAACUCGACAAGGACAUUAUGUCUACAUUGAGACUUCUGCACCUCGUCAGCCAGGAGACACUGCCUGGUUAGUCAGUAACACCAUGCCUCCUACAACAGCUGGUUGUAUCAACUUCUGGUAUAAUAUGAAGGGACAGACUAUAGACACGCUCACUGUGUACUUGAAAAUACCAGGUGGUGGAAAUCAAACACUGUGGGUUCUGCAGGGUAACCAGGGUAAUCAGUGGUUGAAUGGACAGGCCCCUAUCUCAUCCAAACAGAACUAUAAGAUUGUAUUUGAGGGACGUAGAGGACGGAGUUACACCGGGGACAUAGCACUGGAUGACAUCACCUUCUCCAAUCAAAACUGUGGCUUACAACCUACUAAAGCCAGCCCACCCCAAGUGACAGGAACUACACCAAUGACCACGACUGUUGCCCCUAACAAUGGACCAUUUAACUGUCAAUUCACCACUGGCUUGUGUGGAUGGACCCAGAGCACCACAGAUGACUUCAACUGGACACGGAACAGAGGACCCACAGUCAGCUCUGGCACUGGACCUCCGAGUGACCACACCGGUGGGGGUUACUACAUUUAUACUGAGGCUAGUUCCCCAGCCAAGCCAGGACACAAGGCACAGCUUAUCAGUCCCAAUGUCCAACCUCCAAGUCAGGGCCAAAUGUGUCUCAAAUUCUGGUACUACAUGUAUGGACGAAAUGUGGACAAUCUGAAUGUAUAUGUACAGGCUGGUCUGGUAAUGCCCUCUCAACCAAUCUGGAAAAGAAGAGGAACACAGGGCAGAAGAUGGAAUUUAGCCUCCGUGGACAUCAGUGCCAAGAGUGUCUUUAACGUAAUCCUAGAGGGUACAAGAGGAGCUGGGUAUUUAGGUGAUAUUGCUGUUGAUGAUAUUUCAAUAGCUAAUGGAACAUGUUCACAAGGAACAACUCCCUCCCCCACAACAGGACUCAGCAGCUGUACUUUUGAGGACAAUAAAUUCUGUGGCUUUGUACAGGACACAACAGAUAGAUUUAACUGGCGGUGGGGUAGUGGCCGAUCCUCGUCCACCAAUACUGGACCCCUCAGUGACCACACCUAUAAAACGGCAGCUGGACAUUACAUGUUCACACAAGGAUCCUCCCAACCCCGAGGUCGCAAAGCUCGACUGAUCAGCCCUAUCUACCUGGCUAAUGCUCAGCCAGUGUGUGUGAAGUUUUGGUACAACAUGUAUGGGACAGGUGUAGGAACACUCAAUGUCUACAAAAAGGCCAGCGGUGUGUUAGGAAGACCUCUCUGGAAAUUGUCAGGCUCACAAAGUAGGGAUUGGAGGGAAGCUUCAGUAACCAUUCCCUCUGGGUCAGCAUACAGAGUGGUAUUUGAGGUAGUGAAUGGAAACAGAAGGGGAGACAUUGCAAUAGAUGAUUACUCAGUGACACCAGGAUCCUGUGGAGUUAAAGGAAACUGUAAUUUUGACAAUGGAUUUUGCACUUACACCAAUGAUCAUGCCUUUGAUACUUUUGACUGGACUCUGGGUCAUGGGUCCACCGCCAGCAGAAAUACUGGGCCCACGAAUGACCACACUCAGGGAAAUUCUAAUGGUCAAUAUCUGUACAUUGAGGCUUCUAGUCCCCGACACCCAGGAGACAGAGCCACUCUCAACAGUGAGAUGCUGAGCUAUACGGGCCACCAGUGUAUGACAUUCUGGUAUCAUAUGCAUGGCGCUAACAUUGGAAUUUUAAGAAUCUGGAUCCUCCCCAAUGGAACAGUGAAUCCCAUCCCACUUUGGGAGCUACAGGGUGAACAAGGAACUCAGUGGAAACAGGGACAGAUUGCAUUGCCCAAACAAACUGGAACAUUCAUGAUGCUGAUUAUGGGAACUGUUGGUAAUGGGGUUUUUGGAGACAUUGCAAUAGAUGACAUUUCCUUUUCUUCAAAUGUUGGAUGUUCACGUAUGCCAAGCAAUGCUGUCCCCACUGUGACUCAGAAACCCACCACAGUCAGCACCACACCUACUACCAGCACCACUCUGUCAACCACCACCACCACUGCAGCCACCACUGCCAGACCUACAGGAGGAAGCAGCUUUGCCUGUGAUUUUACCUACGACUCCUGUGGGUGGACUCAAGACAAAUCGGACAAUUUUGAUUGGACAAGGAAGAUGGGGACAACAUCUUCAGUUAAUACUGGACCAAAUGGAGACCACACAACAGGAAAAGGCUAUUACUAUUACGUGGAGGCCUCUGCCCCCCAGGUUGCUGGUAUGAAGGCUCGCUUUAUAAGUCCCGUUGUCCAGUUAACUGCAGGAAGCCAAAAGUGUUUUACCUUCUACUACAGCAUGUAUGGAGAUCAUGUUGACAAUCUGAACAUUUAUGUGAAAAAAGGUGGUGCACUUGGAUCAGCUGUUUGGACCAGAAAGGGUGAACAAGGAAGUCAGUGGAAACAAGGCCAAGUAACUAUUAAUGGACCUGGGCCCCUCAAUGUGGUCGUUGAAGGCACCAAAGGCACAGGUUACAGAGGUGACAUUGGCAUUGAUGAUGUAAAUAUAACAACAGGAGCUUGCAGUGGUCAGAAUUUGAAUACAACAGCCAACCCUAACACUGCCACAACAAUCCCACAGCUGAGCUGUAAUUUUGAGUCUCAGUCGAUCUGUAACUACCACCAACUGUCCUCAGGACUUCAGUGGAAGUGGCAGAAAGGUGGCACACCAUCUGCCAACACUGGACCCUCAGCUGACCAUACCACAGGGACAGCCACAGGUCAUUACAUGUAUAUUGAGGCCUCUGGAGUAAGAAACCAAGUGGCAAAGCUGUAUUCAUUACAAGAAACACAAACUGGGCCCACCUGUAUUACCUUCUGGUUCCAUAUGUAUGGACAGAAUAUUGGAACACUGAAUGUCUACACUAGACAAGGCAACGAUGGCAGUCCAGUGUGGAGCCGACAGCGAAACCAAGGCAACAAAUGGAACCUGGCUCAAAUCUCCAUAAACCCCUCAAGCCCAUACACGCUUGUGUUUGAAGCAAAACAUGGUAAUGGUUACCAAGGAGAUAUUGCUAUUGAUGACAUUGUAGCCAAACCAGGAAGAUGUGGAAAUCCAGGUGCUUGUAGCUUUGAUCAGCGAAAUUUCUGCACUUGGCAGAAUGUCAGGGGUACUGAUGAUUUUGAUUGGUCGAUUCAUGGUGGGGGUACAGCAUCAAGAGGUACUGGUCCCUCAUCAGAUCAUACUCUUCAUAAUAGUAAAGGACUAUAUGCUUACAUAGAGACCAGUGCCCCAAGGAGACGAGGGCAGAAGGCACAACUGAUAAGUGCUUCUCAAGCCCCCACUGGAAUCUCUGGCAAGUGCUUCAAGUUCUGGUAUCACAUGUAUGGCAGAACCAUGGGAACACUGAAUAUUUACUCUUCUAAAAAUGUCUCUUCUAACACAUUGCUAUGGACUCUCAGUGGUAACCAAGGAAACCAAUGGAGGUCUGCUCAGUUAUCUGUUACCAGCACCCAGAGCUUCAAUAUGAUCAUUGAAGGAAUAGUGGGUAGCUCUAUCACUGGUGAUAUUGCCAUAGAUGACCUUUCUUUCUCUAAUGGAGCGUGCGGAUUGUCCCCAGCAAAGGCUCGGCCAAGUUCUGUCACCAUGACUACUGUACCUCCCACUACCACUCGGCUUGUUACAGCAACAUCUACCUUGGGAACUUUCAACUGUAACUUUGAAAGUAAUUUGUGUGGUUGGACUCAAGGCAGAGGAAGGGACACUUUUGACUGGACUAGACAUAAGGGGGCCACUUCAUCAGUCAACACUGGACCUCCGAGAGACCACACCUCAGGAAGAGGAUACUAUGUGUACAUUGAGGCCUCAGCUCCUCGCCGCCCUAAUGACACCGCCCAGCUGGUCAGUCCUGCAGUGGCAGCGUCCAGUAACCCCCGCUGUCUGACCUUCUGGUACUUUAUGUAUGGAGCCCAUGUCAACCGUCUGAAUGUGUACAUACCCGCUGGAGCCAAUUUAGGUACCCCUAUCUGGACACGGAAAGGAACUCAGGGAAAUCGCUGGAAUCAGGCCCAAGUCACUAUCAACAAAAACAAACAAUUCAAUGUCAUCUUUGAGGGUGUACGAGGUAAUGGUGUCUUUGGAGACAUAGCUGUAGAUGACAUCUCUCUGGCUUCCGGGGCCUGUGGAGGUUCUACAGCAGCUCCAGGAGCCUUGCCUACCAAAUGUACCUUUGAGGAUGUUUACAUCUGUAACUACAUACAGGAUUUGACUGAUAACUUUAACUGGACACGCCAGGCUGGAUCCACCACUAGCAGUAACACUGGUCCAUCUGCUGACCACACGUAUGGUACAGCCAAUGGUCACUACAUGUAUAUUGAGGCCUCUUCUCCUGUCCGACCUGGUCAGAAGGCUAGACUGUUAACUCCAGUGUAUCCCUCAAUUCAUCAAGAUCAGUGCCUGCAGUUCUACUACCACAUGUAUGGAAGACAGAUAGGCACACUCAAUGUUAAGCUGAUAUUACCUACAAACAAUGCUGUAGGAGCAAGCAUUUGGACCAAGACUGGGAAUCAAGGAAACAAGUGGAAUGUUGCUCAAGUAACUCUGCAGAACACUGCGAUAAACACACCCACCUAUCAGGUAGCUUUUGAGGGGGUAAGAGGGACAGGAUACCUCAGUGACAUCGCCAUUGAUGAUGUCUCCAUUGUCAAUGGAUCAUGUCAGUCCCCUGGGAGCUGUGACUUUGAGAAAGGUCGAUGCACAUGGACAGAGGCUCAGUCUGGAGAUGACUUUGAUUGGAAACAGGGGUCAGGUCGUACAACCUCUGGAGGAACAGGCCCCACCAAUGACCACACCUUACAGAGCACUAAUGGUCACUAUUUGUACCUUGAAGCUUCUUCCCCAAGAACUCAGGGAGACAAAUGUUGGCUGGUUAGUCCACGGUUCUCAGCCAAUCAAAACAAGUGCUUUCAAUUCUGGUACAACAUGAAUGGGCGUAGCAUUGGUACUCUCAAUGUGUACAUCCUAUAUCCUGAUGCAGGCACCAAUAACACUGUGUGGUCGAUCAGUGGAGAUCAAGGAGACAAAUGGGUACAAGGUCAGGUGCCAGUCAGUGCAAGGACAACAUAUCAGGUUGUGGUAGAGGGAGUAAGGGGAAAUGGAUUUGCUGGAGACAUUGCUAUUGAUGAUGUGUCAUUCUCUUCAGCAACAUGUGGUAUCAGUCCACCGAAUGCCGCCCCAGCAGGAGGGAACAAUGUUACAACUACACCAGUCACGACUUUGGCCUCAACCCAACCAGUUCAAGGUCAGCUGAACUGUGAUUUUAGCAGUGGACCAUGUCUCUGGACACAGGACAAAACUGACCAAUUUGAUUGGACAAGAAAGAGUGGUUCUACAGCCACUGUAAACACUGGGCCUCCAUCUGACCACACACAAAAAACAUCAGCUGGUUUCUACUACUACAUUGAGACAUCGGCUCCUCGUCACCCCGGGGACAAGGCACGGUUCAUCAGUCCACAGAUUGCACUUUCACAGUCAGACAGUAACAAGUGUUUCUCGUUCUGGUACUACAUGUAUGGAGAUCAUGUGGACCAUCUCAAUGUCUAUAUGGACUCUGGUAAUGGCCUAGGACAGCCUGUCUUCACAAAACAAGGGACUCAGGGACAAAAAUGGAUUCAAGCCUCCAUCACUCUGACUCCAAAAGUUCCAUUCCAGAUGGUGAUUGAGGGAGUUGUUGGUAGAAGUUAUCGAGGUGAUAUUGCCAUUGAUGAUGUUUCAAUGUCAGAUGGUAUUUGCUCUUCUCCUUUCUACAGUCUUCUGAAUUGUGACUUUGAACAAGCUGACCUAUGUGAUUACUCAAAUAUCCAUGACAACAACACAGAUGUGUUUGAUUGGUUCAAAGCCUCAGGUACCACAGGGUCACAGGGAACUGGACCUAGCAGUGACCACACCUACGGAACAGCAGCUGGUCAUUAUAUUUACAUUGAGGCCUCUGCACCACGUAAACCAGGAGACAAUGCUAUGCUGACAUCCGGCACACAUCCCUCUCCUAACUCGGAUCAGUGCUUUGAGUUUUGGUACAAUAUGUAUGGCGCUGAGACCGGGACACUGAAUCUAUACAUCAGAUACGGCAGCAACCUUGGAAGCCCUGUCUGGACUAAACAAGGAGACCAGGGUCAGCGCUGGAUUCGUGGUCAGUUUGGUGUCAAAGCCAAAAGUCAGCCAUUCAACAUUGUGUUUGAAGGAAUUCGGGGAAGUGGCUACAGAGGAGAUAUAGCUUUAGACGACUUCAAAUUACGAAAUGGACUCUGUAGCACAAUGAAUUCUGGUAACUGUGACUUUGAGAUUGACAAGUGCAGCUGGUCAGAUUUACACUCAGGAGAUGAUUUUGAUUGGUUGUCUGGAAGUGGUUCCACCACAAGUUCUUCGACAGGACCAAGAAAUGACCACACCACAGGCAAUGCUACAGGCAAGUACCUGUUCAUUGAGACAUCAGCACCUCGUAGUCCUGGAGAUAGGGCUGUCCUUCAGAGUGCCACCUUCCCAUCCACCACCGGUCAAUGUAUGCAGUUCUGGUACAACAUGAAUGGUGCCACCAUAGGGUCACUUUAUGUCAGUGUCCUGAGUCAAGGCUCUAGCACCCCCACAAAAAUCUGGGAACUGUCCGGCACUCAGGGGAGUCAGUGGAAACAGGGCCAAGUCAAUAUUGUCAGUAACAGUCCUUACAAGUUACUGAUGACAGGAGUGAGAGGCAAUGGAUACACAGGAGAUAUUGCUAUAGAUGACAUCUACUUUGACUUCUCGAUUCCCUGUACCCUGACCCCCAGUAAUGCCCAACCUUCAUUGUACACCACUACAAUGGCCACCACACAGGGACUAUCUGUCACUGCCAUUCCAGCUGGAUUCCCCUGUAACUUUGACACUGACACUUGUGGCUGGACCCAGGACAAAACAGAUAACUUUGACUGGAGACGCCAGAGAGGGGCCACUGGUAGUCGUGGCACUGGCCCAACAACUGACCACACAACAAAAAAUGGUUAUUACAUGUACAUUGAGACAUCAGCCCCCCGUCGCCCUGGUGACAAAGCCCGCCUUAUUAGUCCCCCAGUCAAUGGUAACUAUGCCCAGUGUGUAAGCUUCUACUAUCACAUGUACGGUCCACACGUCAAGGCUUUGAAUGUUUACUUGGCUCAUGGAAAUUCCUCCCUGGGAACUCCAGUUUGGACCAGACAGGGGACACAAUCCAAUGCCUGGGUGAUGGGACAGUUACAGAUUGCUGGAGGGUCCCUCACACAGGGAGUUACUAAUGUGGUCUUUGAAGGUGUUCGUGGUAUCAGUUACCUUGGAGAUAUUGCAAUUGAUGAUGUGUCUCUCACAGCUGGAAGUUGUUCAGGAGUUACUCCAGUUCCAAGUCCUGGCUCCACAGUCUCCAACAUUGACUGUAACUUUGAAAAUGCCAACAUCUGUAACUACACACAAGACACAACUGACCGUUUCAACUGGACUCGUAAAACUAGAACCACCAACUCCAGAUAUACGGGACCAACAAAUGACCAUACAUAUGGCACACCAGCAGGUCAUUUCAUGUACAUCGAGACCUCAUCUCCCCGUCGACGUGGAGAUGCAGCCCGAUUAUGGACCCCAAAAUUUAACCCUCAGGCUGGUCAGUGCAUCUCCUUUUGGUACCACAUGUAUGGCAGAACCGUGGGAACACUCAAUGUGUACUCUGCAGAUCAGACAUCAGCUAAGCCUGUCAUCGGCUCUCCUAUCUGGUCACUGUCUGGUAACCAAGGAAAUGCCUGGAUGCAAGAAUAUGUCAGCCUACCAACUCCCACAGUAGCCAGUGUUGUGUUUGAAGGAGUGGUUGGAAAUGGUUACCUUGGUGAUAUUGCUAUUGAUGAUGUCAAACUUGUGUCCAGCUGCCCUAAUCCAGGGGAUUGUAAUUUUGAGAACAGUUUCUGUGGCUGGAGGAAUAGUAAGACAGAUAACUAUGACUGGGUCCUGAUGAAGGGAAGCUACUCUGGGUCAUCCCCUCAUCCCUCUGGGGACCACACUUAUGGUAGAGGCAAUGGUACAUACCUGUACAUCAAUGGAGGACUGACCCUCCCCAAGGGAAGUCGUGCCCAGAUCGUGUCCCCAACUCUGUCAGCCACAAGCUCCAGUGGGGCAUGUAUGAGGUUUUGGUACCUCAUUUCUGGAACUAACACAGGAACAAUUAAUGCCUUUGUACAACAGGGUAACAAAACAACUGGCCUGUGGAGUAUAACCUACUCUCGAACCCCUCAGUGGAGUCAGGGUCAAUUCCCGAUCAGCAGUGGUACCCCGUACAGAAUCAUCAUUGAGGGAGUAUUUGGGGCAACCAGAAGGGGGUUCAUGGUAGUGGAUGAUUUCACUGUCACCAGUGGAACUUGUAGAACAAACCCACCUGAUGCAAUGUCUGGUUCUACCCUGGCACCAGCUCAGACUACUGCUACCACCACACCAGGACCCACACAUGUGCCGUCCCAAUGGGACUGUAACUUUGAGUCAGGGUUCUGUUCCUGGACACAGGCAAAAGAUGACCAGUUUGAUUGGACCAGAAGUAGGGGUAGUACAGGCACUGCCAACACUGGACCCUCCAGGGACCACACAACAGGGAAUGGUUAUUAUGUUUACAUUGAAACUUCCCUUCCUCGUCACGUCAAUGACACAGCCAGACUGAUCAGCCAGCCAAUCAACCAGAACUCCACCAUGUGCCUGAAUUUCUGGUACCACAUGUAUGGUACCCACAUAAGAACUCUUAAUGUAUAUCUGAAGUCAGGUGGUUCCCUCGGAACACCUGUGUGGAGUCGGACAGGGACCCGUAGCAAUCAGUGGUACUCUGCCUCCGUGGACGUACAGAGUUCAUCGUCUUACCAGAUCAUGUUUGAGGGAGUGAGGGGCACCAGCUAUAGAGGAGACAUCGCUCUUGAUGAUAUCACUGUAUCCAUGGGAUCAUGUUCUGGAACUACCUCUGGUGGUUUGUGCACAUUUGAGGACAGAACUUACUGUGGCUAUAGACAAGAUAGUAAUGAUGAUUUUCAGUGGACCUGGACCAGUAGACGUACAGCUUCAAGUGGCACCGGACCCAAUAAUGACCAUACUUAUGGCACCUCCUCAGGACACUACUUUUACACUGAGUCCUCCAGUCCAAGAAGACCGAGACAGAAGGCUCGCCUCAUUAGCCCGGAUAACCCAGCCACCCCAGGCUCUUGUGUCAGCUUCUGGUACCACAUGUAUGGAAACACUAUGGGGACACUCAAUGUGUAUGCUAGGUCUGGUAAUGUACUAGGCAGCACCAUCUGGACAAAAACAGGAAACCAGGGAAAUAAAUGGUUAAAAGCACAAGUCUCUGUCACUCAACAGGCGACAUGGCAGGUUGUUUUUGAGGGCAUCAUAGGAAGUGGUUACCAAAGCGACAUAGCCAUUGAUGACGUUCAGGUUUCCAGUGGUUCCUGUGGAAAUCCUGGGGACUGUAACUUUGAAAAGGACACCUGCGCUUGGAGGAACACAAAUCAGGGAGAUAAUUUUGAUUGGCUGAGAAAACAGGGGCAGACCAAUAGUCAGUUCACAGGGCCUCAGAGUGACCACACUCAACAAGACAACCAAGGGUACUACAUGUUCAUUGAAACCUCAAAUCCCCGAGUAGCAGGGGACAAGGCCUGGUUGGUGAGCCCUCAGUUUAACCCCUCCUCUUCUGGAUGUAUGUCAUUCUGGUACCACAUGUUUGGCAGUGGGGUUGGAAGUCUGAAUGUGUAUGUAAAUGGCAGUAGCAAUGUUUUGUCGUGGACUCUGUCUGGCAACCAAGGCAACCAGUGGAAUCAAGGACAGCUCUCUAUUCCCAAACAGACCAGUUCCUAUACGGUUGUAAUAGAAGGAGUUCGAGGAAACAACUACAGAGGGGACAUUGCAAUAGAUGACAUCACCUUCACAAACACACAAUGUGGAGUAAUCCCAUCAAAAGCCAAUCCUAUCAAUGCUACAAGUACGACUGCAGCUCCUGCUACAACAACUCCACCUCCAUUUGUAUCUCAAUCUCAGUAUGAUUGUGAUUUUGAGACCAACCUAUGUACCUGGCAACAAGAUAAGACAGAUGUGUUUGACUGGACAAGAGCUCAAGGACCCACAGGGUCAGUCAACACUGGACCAACCAAUGACCACACAAAACAAAAUGCACAGGGAUGGUAUGUUUUCAUUGAGUCGUCAUCCCCUCGACACUUGAAUGACAGUGCUCGACUUUUGUCAGCAGCUGUACCUGCCAACAACCAGUACUGUCUACAGUUCUAUUACCACAUGUAUGGAGCCAAUAUCAACAGCCUCAAUGUUUACCUCAAGAAAAAUGGACAAUUGGGAAAUGCAGUUUGGACAAAGCAUGGAACACAAGGUAACAAGUGGAACAAGGGCCAGCUCCCAAUUCCUGCUCAGACAACUUCAUUCAACAUUGCUUUUGAGGCUCUGGUCGGAACAGGUUACCGUGGAGACAUUGGACUAGAUGACAUCAAAUUAAUCACAGGAGCUUGUUCCUCAGCAGGUGGAAUCCAGUGUUCCUUUGAAAGCCCCACUCUUUGUGGCUGGACCCAGGACAAAACUGACCAAUUUGAUUGGACACCAAAAGCAGGUCACACCACCUCUUCUGGGACAGGACCCUCAGCUGACCACACCUCAGGGACUGCCACCGGUAAAUAUAUCUACAUUGAGACCAGUGCACCUCGCCGCCGUGGAGACAAAGCCCGUAUUCUCAGCCCCACAGUAGCUGGAGGGUCUGCCAUGUGCUUCCAGUUCUAUUACCACAUGUAUGGACCACACAUUGGAACUCUGAAUGUGUUUGUUAAGUCUGCUGUUUUAAAUGGAACCCAGGUUGUCUGGACAAAAUCUCUGAACCAGGGCAACAAGUGGGUCUUUGGUGAGGUGACGAUUGACCAAUCCUUCACUAACUACCAGGUUGGUUUUGAGGGAAUAGUUGGUAGAGGAUAUGCUGGGGACAUUGCAGUUGAUGAUGUCAAAACUCUAGCACAACCUUGUGGCAGUUCUCAGGGGUCAUGUGACUUUGAGGGAACUUGUUCUUGGACAAAUACACGGACAGGAGAUCAAUUUGAUUGGCUCAGAGGUCAAGGAGGAACAACAAGUCAACAGACUGGACCAAGCAAUGACCACACACUUGGAAACUCUAAAGGGCACUACCUGUUCAUUGAGUCCUCAGCCCCUCGGAGACCAAAUGACAAAGCGCGACUGGUCAGUCCAGUUUUCCAGGCUACAGCCAUAAAGUGUCUGAACUUCUGGUUCAGUAUGUACGGCUCAGAUAUUGGUCACCUUCGAGCAUUCAUUCAGCCCCAGAAUGGUACAGCGAUCAGAAUCUGGGAUCUGUUUGGAGACCAAGGCUCACAGAACUGGAUGCAAGGAAAAGUGGCCUUCUACAGUGCAACACCAUUCACUUUAAUAAUUGAGGGAAUGAGAGGAAAUGGCUAUAAAGGAGACAUAGCUAUUGAUGAUAUUUCUAUCACUGACUCAUACUGUCCUAUAGCACCACCUGCAGCCUCUACUCCAAAUUCUUUUACUCAGGCACCGGCAUCAACAACAGCUACCACUCCAUCAGCUCAAGUCUCGCCAUUCGAUUGUAAUUUUGAGAGUGGAAUCUGCUCCUACAGUCAAGAUAAAUCUGACAGAUUUGAUUGGACAAGAGCUAAUGGACCAACAGGAACGGUGAACACGGGUCCAUCAACUGACCACACCUUUGGGAAUGCUACUGGACACUACAUGUUUAUUGAGACUUCCAGUCCAAGGCGACCAAAUGACACCGCUCGUCUGAUUUCUCAAACUGUGACCCGGACCACUGGAGCAUGUCUGCGGUUCUGGUACCACAUGUAUGGAACACACAUCAAUACUCUUAAUGUAUACACCAAGACUAGUGGUCAACUAGGAAGUCCCAUCUGGAGCCACACUGGGACCCUAGGAAACAAGUGGAACCAGGCUGUGGUGAACAUUGCCAAUAACCAGAACUUCCAGCUGGUGUUUGAAGGAGUCCGUGGAAUCAGUUACCGUGGUGAUAUAGCCAUUGAUGACAUCACAUAUUCCUACCAACCCUGCCCCUCAGGAACAAGUUACCGUUGUAACUUUGAGGAUCCAAAGAUUUGUGGUUUUACCAAUGUGCGUGGCAAUGAUACUUUUGAUUGGACCAGAUUUGCAGGAAGAACAGGCAGCUCUUUCACAGGACCACCCAGUGACCAUACCUAUGGGACAGCAAGAGGCCACUACAUGUACACCGAGUCUAGUGCCCCUCGUCGCCGUGGAGACAAAGCGUGGCUGGUCAGUCCGGGGUAUCCCUCCACCAUUGGUUCCUGUCUUAACUUCUACUACCACAUGUAUGGCAGCAACAUUGGAACACUCAAUGUGUAUCUGAAGACUGGUUCUAGUUCCCAAAAGCUUUGGAGUAAAAAUGGUAACCAAGGUAACAAGUGGUUGCUUGCGCAAACCACCAUCCAGUCGCCAAGCAACAAUUACUCGAUUACUUUUGAAGGAAUCAUAGGAAAUGGUUAUAGAGGAGAUAUUGCUAUUGAUGAUAUGUCUGUUGUCCCAGGAACAUGUACAUUACCAGGAAACUGUGACUUUGAGGGAAAGACAUUCUGUACUUGGGUAAAUUUACAAAAUGAUGAUUUUGAUUGGUUGGUUGGAAGUGGUAAUACAGCCAGUGCUCUGACUGGACCCUCUCAGGACCACACCCACAAUCAGGACACCUCUGGUCACUAUGCUUUUAUUGAGGCCAGUGCCCCCCGAGUACCAGGGCAUGUAGCACGCCUCCAAAGUACAAAGUUCCAGGCCAGUUCUGCUCGGUGCCUACACUUCUGGUACCACAUGUUUGGCUCCGGUAUCGGCACUCUGAAUGUGUACGUUGUCUCCGCCAGUGGUAACAAGACAGUGUGGUCAUUGUCCGGAGAUCAGACUAAUCAUUGGUAUUCUGCACAGGUGGCUGUAACCAGUAAUGUACAAUAUAAUGUUGUGUUUGAGGGAAUCAGGGGAUCUUCCUACCAAGGAGACCUGGCUAUAGAUGAUAUUACCUUUACCAGUGACAACUGUGCUUUACAACCCACCAGUGCCAAUCCAGCAAUACAGAGCACCACCCCACAGCCAAUGACUACCACCACAGCAGCAGUGGCCACACCAGCUCCUACAGUAUAUGAUUGCAACUUUGAACAAGGCUUAUGUAAGUGGACUCAAAUUGUUACUGGGGACCAGUUUAACUGGACUCGAGCUCAGGGUCCCACUGGUUCUGCACUCACAGGACCCACAAAUGACCAUACAACUGGCACACGCAAUGGCUGGUACCUGUAUAUCGAGGCCUCUGCUCCCCGACGACCAGGUGACAAAGCACAACUUGCCAGUCCUUUGAUCUCAGAUGGACAGACUCGGUGCCUGAGUUUCUGGUACCACAUGUAUGGGACCCACGUCAACACAUUGAAUGUCUAUGUCCAGAGUGGAUCUCCUGCUUUAGGUUCACCUGUGUGGACAAAGAAAGGAACACAAGGAAAUAGAUGGAUCAAGGCCAAGGUCACUAUAACACCCACCAUGGCAUACCAGGUCAUCUUUGAAGGGGUCAGGGGAAUCAGUUACCGUGGAGAUAUUGCCAUUGAUGAUGUCAGAUUGUCCAUGGGACCUUGUCAAAAUAUGGGAGUUGAUCCUAUGGCUUGUAAUUUUGAGACAAACUCAGUCUGCGCCUAUCUCCUGAAGUUACCAACAGAGAGAUUCACUUGGACUUGGCAUGCUGGGGCCACUGCUUCUGCUGGGACUGGCCCCAAAUCUGAUCACACCCUGGGGACCUCAAGUGGUCAUUAUGUUUUCAUGGAAUCCUCUGCCCCUAUGGCCCCCAACAACACUGCCCAUCUUAUUAGCCCUCAGUACACACCUCAAAAUCCUGGAUCCCCCAUCUGUUUGACAUUCUACUACCAAAUGUAUGGACAAAAUGUUGGUGCUCUGAAUCUUUAUCAGACUAAUGGUGGAACCUCUCCUGGUAGUCAACCAAUAUGGAGCCGGAACUUCAAUCAAGGGCAACCUUGGCACCAAGGACAAGUGACCCUCAAUCCCUCUGGAACAUAUAGAGUGAUAUUUGAAGGGGUAAGAGGAAAUGGUUACAGAGGAGACAUAGCUAUUGAUGACAUCUCCAGUUCACCAGGAGCUUGUCAAGUUUUAGGUGCCUGUAACUUUGAAACACCCUGUAGCUGGUCCAACACUCUAGUGAAUGACAACUUUGACUGGCUGGUAUCAAGUGGUAGGACAACCAGUGGAUUUACUGGUCCUCCAUUCGACCAUACAUUCCAGAACUCCUCUGGACACUACAUCUACAUUGAGACAAGCGCCCCCAGAGUUCAAGGAGACAAAGCUAGAUAUGUUAGUCUGGCCUUCCCAGCACAAACUAACGCUGCCUGUCUAAGUUUUUACUUCUACAUGUAUGGAGCAGACAUUGAGUCACUCAGUGUAUAUGUGCUAACGAACACCACCUCUGAUUCCACCACAAGUGAAGCACGACUCUGGCAGCUGAGUGGACAGAGUGGAAACUCAUGGCAGCAGGGACAGAUGAACAUUCCCAGUCAGUACUCUAGUAAACCCUUCCAGCUGAUGUUUGAAGGUGUGCGAGGGAAGGGUUACAGAGGUGAUAUAGCAGUUGAUGACAUCACAGUAGACCUGACAUCAGGCUGUACAACUACUCCAGACAUUGCAAGUACUUCACAAGGAGGAUAUCAGGAUGUUGCAUGUAAUUUUGACUACAGUGGCAUCUGUAACUGGAAACAGAGUACGACUGAUACAUUUGAUUGGUCACUUAACAAUGGCACCACUCCAAGCCGGGGAACUGGACCCUUAACAGACCACACCCAGAAUCUGGAUCCAAAUGGUGGAAGUACAGUUGGAAACUACCUCUACAUAGAGGCUUCUGGUCAUAAAUACUCGGACAGUGCGGUUCUCCUGUCCCCCAUCAUUCCCCCCACUGGCCUCUCUGGCUACUGUUUCACGUUCUGGUACCACAUGUUUGGUCCACAAAUUGGUGUCCUCAGUGUCUACAGCAUGAUAGGAGGCAAGAAGAUCCUCCAAUUCACCAAAGGAGGGACCCAGGGGAACCAGUGGAAACAAGCAGUGAUUAAUGUCAACAGUACAACAGACUUCCAGCUGAUGAUCCAGGCAUUUGUUGGUAAUGGCUGGGCAGGAGACACUGCAAUAGAUGACAUUCAGUUUGACACUCAACCCUGUGUCAACUCAUCACUGCCACAACAAGUGUCAACCUCAACUCAUUGUGACUUUGAGACUGGUACAUGUGGAUGGAUGCAAGACACAUCAGAUGAUUUUGAUUGGUUGAGACACUCCAACAAUACAGGUAGUUUUGGCACAGGACCAGUUGGUGAUCAUACUACAGGAGCAGGUUCAGGUUAUUACAUGUAUGUUGAGGCCUCAAGACCAAGAACAAGUGGACAAAAGGCUCGCUUUGUGAGUCCCAUCCUACCAAGCUCCAAUGGAGAAUGCCUGACAUUCUAUUACAACAUGAAUGGUAGAACCAUGGGUACACUCAAUGUAUACACCAAGACCUCAGGGUCCCUUGGCAGCCCAGUGUGGACAAAAUCAGGGAAUCAGGGAAGAAAAUGGUUGGUUGCUCAGGUCACUCUGACUAGCUCCAGCCAAUUCCAGGUUGUGUUUGAAGGAGUUGUCGGCUCCUCCUACUUCAGUGACAUUGCAAUUGAUGACGUUUCCAUUGUCCCUGGUGCUUGCCCUGCCCCAGGCUCCUGUAAUUUCGAACAAGGCCUAUGUGGUUACUCUAACGUCCAGGGAGAUGAAUUUGAUUGGACAAGAAGCAAAGGUCUGUCCCCCUCAUUUUACACUGGCCCCACUGUAGACCACACGACAAACUCCGGUUCUGGAUACUACAUGUUUAUUGAGAGCAGUAACCCUCAGAAGCUUGGAGACAGAGCCUGGCUGAAGAGUUCCUCUCUGUCCGCCACCACGGGCAAAUGUCUGCAGUUCUGGUACAGCAUGUAUGGAAGUGGCAUUGGAACCCUUAACGUAUACCUAGUAUCUGGAUCAGCCAAUCGGACAAUAUUUACAGCCUCGGGUAACAAGGGCAAAGGUUGGUUCCAAGGUCAAGCCACUAUAACAACCAACUCUGCUUACAACAUUGUGUUUGAGGGAGUGCGGGGAACAGAUUACCAUGGAGACAUUGCUCUGGAUGAUAUCAGCUUAUUAGACGGAACAUGCAAUCUACAGCCCACGGGGCCUACAUCUGUGUCUCCACCCACCCCAGGACCCUCUGCAGCUCCUUUAUUGACUUGUAACUUUGAGAGAGACCUUUGUAACUGGCAACAAGACAAAACAGAAAACCUUGACUGGACCAGAGACUCAGGUGGAACAGCAUCCGGAGGAACAGGCCCCUCCUUUGAUCACACAACAGGUGGCAAGACUGGAUACUAUAUCUAUACAGAAGCCAGUGUUAAUAAUAACAAAACAGCUCGUUUGUUGAGUCCCCCAGUGUCUGUUUCCACUACGGUCUGUGUGAACUUCUGGUACCACAUGUAUGGUGCUAAUAUUAAUAGAAUUAACCUGAGACUGAAGCAUGCUGGGACACUCAGCCAGCCACUGUGGACAAAGAUUGGAAAUCAAGGAAAUCGUUGGUUCAAUGCUAAAGUAGAUGUACUACCGCAGAAUGGAGAUUUGGUUGUUUUUGAGGGUAUCACAGGACGUGGUUACCAAGGAGACAUGGCACUGGAUGACAUCUCUGUUCUCAAUGGACCUUGCAACAAUGCUCUCUCAACCACCUGUGACUUUGAGGAUGCCAACAUUUGUAACUACCAACAGGAUCCUACAGACAACUUUGAUUGGACAAGACAGGCAGGAAGAACUGGCUCCACUGGAACAGGGCCCACCAAUGAUCACACUUAUGGAACCAUAGCUGGCCACUACAUGUUUACCGAGUCCUCAGCACCUCGAGUACAGGGAGACAAAGCUCGACUUCUGAGUCCACAGUACCCUGCCACUAAUGGCCAGUGUCUGACCUUCUGGUACCACAUGUAUGGACUCUCCAUUGGAACACUCAAUGUCUACACCAGCUCCUACAACAAGCUCAGUGCCCCUCUCUUUACACUGUCUGGUGACCAGGGCAACCAAUGGCGCCAAUCUCAAAUAACAUUACAAGUACAGGGGGCAUAUAAGAUUGUGUUUGAAGGCAUAAGAGGAAGUGGUUAUAAAGGAGACAUAUCCAUUGAUGACAUCAAACUGACCCCAGGAGUUUGUCAAGGAUUGGCUAGUUGUGACUUUGAAUCUGACCUCUGUAGCUGGACCCAGAGACGAGAUGAUAAAUUUGAUUGGAUAAGACGUUCAGGUCACACCCCUUCAUUACUGACUGGUCCUGGAAUUGAUCACACAAUAGGAUCUUUAUCAGGUUUCUAUGUGUAUAUUGAAUCCAGUUCACCCAGAAAGCCAGGAGACAAUGCAAUCCUCUCCUCUCAGAUAAUUCCUGUGGCCCCCUAUUGCUUCAGAUUCUGGUAUUACAUGUAUGGUGCAAAUGUUGGUAGCCUCAACAUCUCCCAGGUCAUGUCUGGUACCCCUACCUACAAAAAACAAGUGUGGAGUAUAAGUGGAAACCAAGGUGCCCAGUGGAAGCAGGGCAAUGUCAGCAUGAGUAAUGCCUAUGCCCCUUUCUAUAUCUAUGUGGAAGGUGAUGUUGGUAGUGGUAACCAGGGUGACAUAGCAGUGGACGAUUUCAUUCUCGACAACUUUGAAUGUUCAGCAGAGCCCAACACAAAUGGAAGCUUCUCAUGUCGGGACCCCCUUAACACAAAAAUCCCUCAAACCAAAGUAUGUAACUUCAUCAGGGACUGUUCUAAUGCAGCAGAUGAAUCAAACUGUGGUGCCUGUGACUUUGAGCAGGACCUCUGUUCUUGGGUAGCUUCAGGGACAGGGUCAUUUGGUUGGAGCCGAGGGGGAAACCAGACUGCCACUGCAAAUACUGGACCCCGGUAUGACCACACCAUUGGAAACUCUGCAGGUCAUUACUUGUACAUUGAUGCAAGCCUGGGUUCCUUUACUAGUCUGGCUGAGCUCACUGGACCCACUCUACAGGCCUGUAGUUCCACAUGCCAGUUCCAGAUGUGGUAUAAUAUGUAUGGCACAGGUAUAGGUAAACUGCGUGUUCUGAUAAGAGAAAGUAACAGAGACACAGAGAUUUGGAGACUUCGAGGUAACCAGGGACGAAACUGGAAGAAAGCAACCAUUGACAUAGGACGAGUAGAUAGAGCAUUCACGCUUGUGAUUCAAGCCACUCGUACCUACAGUGUCCAGGGAGACAUUGCCAUAGAUGACCUUCAACUUAUCAACUGCAAUUAUCCAGCCCCGCAAGCCUCCUGUCCUUCCCCUUACCAGUUCCACUGUAAAAUCAACAAAGGAUGUAUAGCCAACAACCAGAGGUGUGACUUCAAUGACGACUGUGGAGAUGGCUCUGAUGAAGACCCUGCUACUUGCACAAAUUAUCCUGCCUCUUGUAACUUUGAGAGAAGCAUCUGUAGUUGGACACAGGAUAAAACGGAUAGGUUUGACUGGAUUAGAGCUAACGGUCACACAGCGACUUACGGAACAGGCCCCUCCAGAGAUCACACACGGGGUACAGCAUCAGGCUACUACAUGUUCAUCGAGUCCUCAGCACCGAGAAGACGAGGAGACAUGGCCCGUCUUAUUAGUCCUCUGUUUAAGGCUGUUCCUCCCAAUAAUAACCCAAAUGUCUGUGCUAUUCGAUUCUUCUACCAUAUGUUUGGUCGAGGCAUUGGGUCACUAAAUGUCUACACCAGAGAAACUGUGACAGGACCAAAGAACAAAAUCUGGUCCAAAUCUGGAAAUGUUGGGGACUUCUAUGAGAGAGUUGAUCUUGUAAUCAAUGAGACCAAACCAUUCCAGGUUGUCAUUGAGGGAGUUGUUGGCAGUUAUUUGGGAGAUAUUGGAAUUGAUGAUGUUUCAAUGACACCAGGCUGUAUUCUGAUGAAUGGUCCAGGAAAUACCCUACCCUCAGGGUCUCCACCCCCUGUAACCACACCCAACCCUUGUGGUAAUAACAGUUUUGCCUGUACCUCGGGAGCAUGCAUCCCAUCCUCCCAAGUCUGUGAUUUUACAUCUCAGUGUUCUGAUGGAUCUGAUGAAGCCAAGUGUGGCACAUGUACUUUUGAGAAUGGUCAAUGUGGAUGGAAAGAUGUCAGCAGUGGACGAUACAACUGGCACAUCUUCCAGGGAUCCUCCCCUGGGACAGGUGGUCCUAAGACUGACCACACCAAUGGCACGGCUGCCGGUCACUACAUGCUGGUAGAGGGAGCCUCUGGAGUAUUCUACAGCCGGGCCCGCAUGGAGACACCACCUCUAGGAGCCACAGGACCAAGCUGUCAUGUGACUUUCUACUACCACAUGUUUGGACUUGGAGCUGGAAACAUUCGUGUUUUGGUUGUCAACAGCAACAAUCCAAGUGAUAAGACCUACAUUUUCUCACAAAGUAACAAUAUGGGAAAUGGCUGGCAGCUGGGAAGAGCAGAUAUUGGUCAACUUCCAGCAGGAUACAAAGUGCAAAUUGAAGCCAAUCCUACUAAAUCUUUUGCGCCAAACUCGGGGAUCCCCAACUCUGACAUGGCCAUUGAUGAUGUUGUGUUUCAACAGUGUAACCCUGUCACCAUUUUCAAUGCAUCAACAAAUGCUCUAAAUUGUACAUUUGAGUCGGGAUGGUGUGGGUACACACAGGAUCAGAAAGAUGAUUUUGACUGGACAAGAACUAAUAUCAGUUCACCCACCGUAGGAACAGGACCUGAUCGUGACCACACAACAGGAAAAGGAUUUUACAUCUACAUGGAAACCUCAGCCCCUCGCCGUCCAGGUCAAAGGGCAGUUAUCUCAUCAGGUAUAAAUAAAGCCACGCCUCUCACUGGAAUGUGUCUGCGAUUCUGGUACCACAUGUUUGGAGCUCACGUCAACACACUGAAUAUCUACCAGCAAACUCCGAGUGGGAACAGAUCUCUCAUCUGGACUCGAUCUGGAACUCAGGGAAAUAUCUGGAAACAAGGAUUACAAACUGUCAAGAGUUCUCAGCCAUAUGAGAUUGUGUUUGAGGGAGUUGUAGGAAGUAGCUGGCAAGGAGACAUAGCGUUAGACGACAUCAGUGUUGUGACUGGACCGUGUCCCCCAAAACGAAUAUGUGACUUUGAGGCAGGAUUCUGCGACUGGACACAGGACUUCAAUGACCAAUUUGAUUGGACAAGACAGAGAAAUGGUACGCUAUCUAGAGGCACAGGUCCUCCUUAUGACCACACAACAGAAAGCCAGUAUGGUUACUUUAUCUUCAUUGAGUCCUCUGCCCCCAGGAGACAGGGAGAUGCAGCCAGAAUCGUCAGUGGAGUCUUCCCACCCACACCCAAUGGAGACUGCCUACAGUUCUGGUACUACAUGCUGGGUAACAACACAGGGAAACUGAAUGUGUACCUCCGUCCCAAUGAUGGUUCCUCUGACAGACUGCUGUUCCAGAGGGUCGGGAACCAGGCAGUUGAACUCUGGCUCUACCAGUCUCAGACUGUCUAUUCAAAUUCAGUGUACCAGAUUGUGUUUGAGGGAAUUAUUGGUAACGGAUACAUGGGAGACACUGCUCUUGAUGACAUCAAGAUUCUUCCUGGUAAAUGCCCCCCGCCAGGCUACUGUGACUUUGAGACUGACACCUGUGGGUACAGUAAUACACGGGCAGGAGAUGAUUUUGAUUGGCUGAGAAGUGCUGGUGCCACCUUGACAGCUAACACUGGACCAACUGUAGAUCACACCACAGGCUCAGACAGAGGAUUCUACAUGUUCAUUGAGACAACUGGCCGGAAUCGUGGUCAGAGAGCUUGGUUCUACAGUCAGUAUUUCCCACCGACCACCAGCUCAUGUAUCAGUUUCUGGUAUAACAUGAAUGGUCCAAAUGUGGGUGCCCUCCGCCUUUACAAGCCAGACCCGACAAGAACAGUAAUGUUAUGGAAUGCCACAGGCAACCAUCAGAAUAUCUGGCUACAUGCUAAUGUCGAUGUCAAAAGCUCCACAUGGUUCCAGAUCACAUUUGAUGGAGAAGUAGGAAAUGGUUUUGCUGGAGAUAUUGCUAUUGAUGAUGUUUCAAUCCAGAACGGAACAUGUGCAUCACAAACAACUGCUAUGACAACACCAAUGAUAGUAUCUACUGUGUCCUAUCCUCCCUCCAUGUAUGACUGUACAUUCGAUGGCCCCCACCCAUGCCAGUGGAGCCAGGAGCAUAACGCAGACAUAUUUGAUUGGACGACUCAUUCUGGAGGAACCUCAUCUGGUUUUACAGGUCCCAAGUCUGACCACACUCUUCAGAACAAUCAGGGUCAUUACAUUUAUAUUGAGGCCAGCUCUAGACAUCCAAAUGACACUGCCCAGUUUGUUAGUCCACAGAUCUCUAUAGAUAAUACAGGAUCCUGUAUUAAGUUCUGGUACAACAUGUAUGGAUCAGACAUCAACAGACUCAAUGUGUAUGCCAAAACAAAUGGUAAUCUGGGAUCACCCAUUUGGAGAAAGAUUGGGGAUCAAGGACCACAAUGGAAGUUUGCUUCUGUCUUCAUCAACUCAGCUGUGCUCAAUCCCCCAACUCCAUCAACCAUACAGGUGGUAUUAGAGGGCAUGGUAGGAAAAGGUUACAAAGGUGACAUUGCCAUAGAUGAUAUUUUUGUCAACACUGGAGCUUGCCCACCAUCUGAUACAUGUGACUUUGAAAACAAUGAUUUGUGUGGAUAUAAACAAGAUAAAACAGAUGAUUUUGAUUGGACAAGAAAUACUGGUGGAACUGGAUCAAGAGGCACUGGGCCCAGUGCAGAUCACACUUAUGGAACAAAUGAUGGUCAUUACAUGUACAUUGAGACAUCAGCCCCACGACUUCCUGGUCAGAAGGCCCGACUCAUGUCACCCACAUAUCCUCCCACCACUGGACGCUGCAUGACCUUCUUUUAUCACAUGUAUGGUGCAGUAGGAACCCUCAAUGUUAGACUCUUCUCUCAGGGAACUCUACAACCUGUGAUCUGGAGCAGGUCCAGGAAUCAGUACAAUUUGUGGCGUAUUGGUCAGGUUACUCUCAACAGCAAUUCCCCCUAUCAGGUAACAUUUGAGGGAAUCAGAGGAAGGUCCUACCUUGGAGACAUUGCCAUUGAUGAUAUCAGCAUUAAAGAUGGAGCCUGUCCAGCACCUGCAAGCUGUAACUUUGAGACAGACUUCUGCACCUGGACCAACACAAUGACAGGGGAUGAUUUUGAUUGGCUGAGAAAUAAAGGAGCCACAGGUAGCUCCAGAACUGGCCCUUCUGUUGAUCACACUGUAGGAAAUGCCAAUGGAUAUUAUGCCUACAUUGAAGCCUCUGCUCCAAGAAAACCAGGUGACAAAGCUGUUCUACAGUCCACCACUCUAAAAGCCACCUCUGCUAGCUGUUUCUCCUUUUGGUACUUCAUGUAUGGCACAAGUGGGUUCUCUCAGCCUCAGACAGGAAUAUUUAGGCUCCACCCAGUAUGGCACUGCUAUCCCUCUGUGGUCAAUGACAGGCAACACUGGACAGAAGUGGAUCAAAGCCAGUGUCAACAUUACCAGUCGAGUGGAGUACAUCCUGACCUUCACAGGGGUCGAGGGUCAAGGGUUCACUGGAGACAUUGCCAUUGAUGAUAUAAGCCUGACAUCUGGAGUCUGCUCUGGAUCAGUUGGACCGACAUCCUUCAGCUGUGGGGAUGGAACCAGCUACACACAGAGUCAGCAGUGUGAUUUCAACAGGGACUGCACCAAUGGAGCA